UGCUGCUACUAUCAUCCAACAUUUUACUACUUAAACGUUUGUUUGUGAAAUACGCAUAAUUUUUGGCAGUAAUUCUAUUCCUAAAAAAUAAAAAAUAAAUAAAAUGAGUGAACCAUCUACGCCAAACACACCUGGAAGUCAAGCGCUUGUGAAACUUAAGGAACGUGACAAGAGUUUGCAAGACUUCAAAGUUCCUCUGUCCGGAGCAGUGCGCAAAAAAACUAAACAAAAAAUACUCACAGAAGAAAUGUACAUCGAAGAGCUUUCUAAAAUUAUUCAACGGGAUUUCUUUCCACAUUUGGAUAAAUUGCGUGCACAGAAUGACUACUUGGAUGCGAUGGAGCGAAAAGACUAUGUACAAAUGGAAGCGAUACGUGCCAAAUACAGUGGUCGCAGACCGACCGACAGGAGCUCAAUGUCUCCAGCUACUUUUGAGACACCAGCAAGUGCGAAUGGAAUUGUGACACCGCGACAUGAUAGCAAUGAUGUUUCAGACACACCCAAAUCCACUCUAUCUAUUUCUUCUAAAACAUCAAGAAUAGACGACGGAAAUAAAUCUAUAUCAGACAAACAUUCAUUGGAUUCAUUUUUACAGCAUUACACCAGCGAGGACAAUUAUAGUUUCCAAGAAAUCAUAGAUACUGCUGACGAGAAAUUGCGACAAAAGUUUGCAGUGCUAUAUAAUGAAGAAAAGCUGUCAGCAGAUAAAUUAGCACGCGCUUUAACUUUGCCGUCAAUUGAAAAACAGUUUGAAGAACCCGAUCCUUUGAGAAAGAUUGAAACUUGGUCGUACACAAAUAAAAACUCCAUUAUGUACAUCCCUGAUGGUGUCGAACUUACCGAAAGAGAACGUGUGGAAGCUGCAAAACGGCGCGAAAUAAUAAAGCACAACGCUACACGCCUCAAUUCAAAUCCCUUCGCUGAAACACCCAAUCAAAAGGCAAACAGCGAAUUAGUUAAAUCCCAAUCACAAGCGCUUAUGAAUAAAAUUGGCUUAGAUGGCAACGUCAUAACACCCGGAAACGAGAGUGAAGGUCCACAAAUACGUGGUUUCAAUCUAGUGAAAACCCCUUCGCCACGUCCAGGUGAAGCAUUUUCUCCACUCAUGACGUGGGGUGAAAUCGAAGGUACACCCUUUCGGCUUGAUGGUUCUGACACACCAGUACGCCCAAAUGUGGGACCUGCUUUCACAAUCACUGAAAAUUCACGACGUGAAAAUAUUGCUUUGGCUUUGGCCGAAAAAGUUGGUGAAAAGAUGCGUGCGCAAAAGCAAAGGGCCGCUGAUACAGCACGUAAGAAUAUUAAUUCACCAUUCAUACGUUCAAAUAUGGAACGAUUGGCAUCAAUGUCACCGGCAGCAAGACGACUAGCCACUUCCAAAUUAGGUUUAAAUACAACACCGCUUAUGCCCACACCGCAACGUACACCAGGCAAAGCUAUGCACAGGGCCUCACCAAUGUCAAAAGCCGCGAAUUCCCGUAAAACACCAUCAGGUAGCGCUGGCACCAACUCCGCGCCAAGCACGCCGAAACAGAUUAGUAGUGGCAAAUCAACACUAACCGAUGAUUUGCUGAAAAUUCCUACAAAACGAUUGCGUGCCUCAGAUUUCUUUUAAACUGGUGCAUAUUUGCGAAAAUGAAUGGAAAUUAUAUAAAUUAGUUUACAAGUAAGCGCACAAAAUCGUAUGUGUGGUAACAUAGGAC